GGUUCACAGCUAAAUAGAAAACGAUCUUUCACCACAGUUUCAUUGCCUUUCUAUCAAAUAUGUAACGUACAUCAUUAUUUUCAACACUUCUCGUACUGUUUCAAAGUGAAAUCACUCUAGUGUUUCUGUUGAACAAGACUUUUGUAGUCAAGUAAGGUCUGAAUAAUUCACACCUUUGUACCGUAGAGCCCUGGCUUUUAGUUGAGCACAUAGGCCUGCUUUUAUUCAAGGACAGUCCUCGAAACUACAUGUAGGAGUUCCACAUCAGGCACCAAUCUGUUUGAGCAACAGACGUCCGCAAGAUGCAGCAGAUGAGGUUCAUGCUGCUUUUCAGCCGGCAGGGGAAGCUGCGUCUACAGAAGUGGUACACAGCCACAUCUGAGCGUGACAAGAAGAAGAUGGUCAGGGAUCUGAUGCAGAUCGUGCUGGCCCGCAAACCAAAGAUGUGUAGCUUCCUAGAAUGGAGGGACCUCAAGAUUGUCUAUAAAAGGUAUGCCAGCUUGUAUUUCUGCUGUGCAAUUGAAGAGCAGGACAAUGAGCUGAUCACACUGGAGGUUAUACACCGCUUCGUAGAGCUGCUUGAUAAAUACUUUGGCAGUGUGUGUGAGCUGGACAUCAUCUUUAACUUUGAGAAGGCUUACUUCAUUCUAGAUGAGUUCCUAAUGGGAGGAGAGAUCCAGGACACGUCUAAGAAGAGCGUCCUCAAAGCCAUCGAACAAGCAGACAUACUGCAGGAGGAGGACGAGUCUCCCAGGAGUGUGUUGGAGGAAAUGGGCUUGGCAUAAUACACAGCAUUGUUGUGAGAGAUUAUAGAUACUAAGGUAGAGAGCUGGAUGUGAGGGAAUGGGACAGCCUCUGGGAUUGCACUGUCUUGGACUGACUGACUGGUUCUGUGAAUCUGUGGUUCUGGGUACUAAUGUGGAACCAGGGAAGAGACUCAGUUGAAGAGAGAGAGUGUGUGAGUGUGCGCGUGGGCGUGGGCGUGCGUGUGCGUGUGUGUGUGUGUGUGUGAGAUGUAAGCAUAGGGUGGAGGUAAUGACUUACACUUAAAUUAAUAUGUGGCUGUUGAGGUGGGGGGUUUAUUUAAAGGAAGGAAAUGGAGUUUGUCUUUGCUGUAAGUAAGAAAGUAAAGAUGAGAAGCCACAGAGGAAACUGAUGUUUGAGUCACUAUGAGGCAGGUUUGCAGUUUGACUGAAGAGAAGCAGGUUGAAUUGUCACAUCUUGUCAAGAAUAAUCGUGAGUUACUCUGAUUGUGGACUGGUCAUUGGAGUUGUGAGACAGAAAAAGGAGGACAUCACUAAAGUGAUGAGUUUGAUGUUGCUCUACAUUGUUUUCUAUUUUAAAUAAUUCUCAUGAAAGAUCAAAACCAGCAGUGAGUGUGUGCAGUCCUGAACACUUAAACAUCCCUCCUCUGUCUGUGGCUCUCAGCCACAAAUUCACUGAUUCCAACGUAGGAGGAAAAUCUUAAAUAACAACAGCUCAUAGAUAUAUUUUUCCAAAGGUUCAGUAAUUUCCAAAAAUGUGACAGGUGAAUGCUGUAGUUUUAACAAUUAUUGCUAAAAUAGGAAAAAAUUAUCAAUUUGUUGGGGACUACUUUAUUUGCAGUGACUGAUUAGUUCAUAUUUGUGACAGCAGGACGGUGUGUGUGGGAACAUGGAAACUACAGUGCCUGUUGUCAAUGAUGGAAAAUGUCACCUAAUGGAGCAGUGUGUUACUCAUGGUUCUUGGGAAGCACAGAGCUCUGAGGAAUGAGCUAUAUCACGCAAGUGAACACAAACUGUUUAUUAUCACUUCAUUAUCAGUUUUGACCUGCACAUGAGAUUGUCUGACAUUAAGAAAAAUCUAUCACCAGAUAUUUAAAGUAAAAUGUUGUCAGUGCAGUCCUGUUUUGGUAACCAUGUUUUGCCAUGAUUCAUGUUGGUUAUGGUUAUGUAAUAAUGUACAAAAUAAUUGACAAACUGUGCAAUCUGCAAAACAUACAGGAUAGCCAUUGUCACCCAUUUCCAUUUAUUACAGCAGAAUUUGUGUUCAAAUCAUUUAUCACCUGAAGUUUUAAGUCUGGGUAAUUACAUGUAUAGUUGUAUCCAUUGUUCCUAUCAGCUACUCUAAACUGUUUGCACAGGAAAACCAAACUGAUCCCAAAUGUUACUCUUUGACAUGUUUCUGAAUUGCCAGUUUGGAUGAGAAACACACAUUGAGUGCAUCAUGUUGUAAAAAUGCUAAUGAUCACUAUUCCAUUCAGAUGUGAAGCAGGAUUAGCUCUGAGGGAGGAUGUGGACAUUGGGGCGACAGCAUUAACAUUCACCUUUAUUCUCCUACAUCACAAAUCCAUAUGAAGUCAUUGUAUCCUCAGCAAGAGAUGUAAGAGCAGCAUAAUCUUAACCGACAGGACUCAGGGUUAGAACUAUGACAUCAGACAGUUUGGUUUUGUAUUCUUCCAUUUGUGAUUGGCCCUUCUAACCCAACACACUUGGUAAGGAAGUGCAUUGUGGAAUCAUAAAUAAUGAACCAAAGACCGAGCCUGAUCACACAUGAGCCGUUGAUAUGUACCUGGAGUGGACUGGGGUACCAGAUGAGAUGGAAAUGUCAAAUCUGUCUUAUGCAAUGUUACAAGGUGCAGCUGGAAAUCACAUUCCACUAAGUUUUCCUCCUGACAGCAAACACUGACUGAUGAAAAGAAGCAAGGUUCAGUGUUGGAGUUGGAACUUGACUUUGUUCUGCGGGUAAAUCACCCGAUGAUUGAAUUCAACGAUAUAAUCCGAAAGUGGUCUCAGAGGUUGCUUAUGUUUCAUUAAUAUUUUUUACAAUGUUUUAAUUAUUCCUCUUACUGUGCAGUUGUAUUGGUGUUGGUAAUCUAAUUUUGAUGUGUUUGUGAAAUGCAGGAUGAGCUCCCAAUGCUAGACCAAUAGAAGUAAAUGAAAAGUUUUAAGUAAAAUGUUGCUAUUUGUUUGCAAGCAGUCGUAUUCAUGUUCACUUAUCUUAUUUCCUCAGACAAGAUGAGGUCUUUAAAAUUAAAAAUGUGUUGUAGGAAGUGAUUAGUGUCAGCACAUUCACUAGUUAACAUCAAUAUUCUGGGAAUUAACGAUCAUUUAAGUGAUUAAUCCUUAUUCUGUGACCAUUUAGUGACACUUUAUGCUGCUGAAAUUUCUAUUUACGCUGACAGUGCCGGUACUGUAAAUACUGUCAUUAUUUAUUUAUUUUUCUAAAAUAGGGUCAGCUGUUAUGGUACUACAGGAAAUAUGUAUCAUCGCUCAUUUUACGGAACUGAAAUGGUCAAAAAAUUGUCACAAAAAAUGAUUGUCAGCUAUAUCACUAUAAGCUGUCAUUUUCUAGGGUUUUACCACAUUUUCCCAACCCUAUGUUAUUCGAUGUUAGUCAUUAUACCUGCAUAUCAAUUAUACAAGUCUCAGGAGCUUCGUCUAAUUUUUAAGAGAAAAUAUCUUUGAUUUUCACUCAUCAGAUUCCUUGUUUACAACCUCUCUUAAUCUGUAAAAGACUGUUGGAAGAUGGAUGGUGGAAGAUUUUAAUGAAGCUCAAAGUUUGAUAUUCGUCUGUCUGGGGCUUUGCUGCUGACCUUAGGGAGCUGUUGAUUUUAAGACUAAAUGCAAUACAGAGAUGAUGGAGAUCAAACAUUUGAAUGUGUGAAUAAUCCUUCAGAUAAUGAUGGUUUGUGUUUGUGGGUCAGGAAACUUUCUGUUGGUGCAGUCAAAUCCUCAGCAGUUGCCAUGUUCAAUCCUGUUUACCCUGUGGUAAAAUCAGUUAAAUCAGUAAAUAUUGUGGUGUACGAAUAAAAUCCUAUUGAUCAUCAUAAAAACCUAACUUAAGGCUGCAUAUGAAAAUACUAUUUAACACUGUUGUUGUAUUGGCUUGUCAUUGCAACAGUGUUCUCUCCAAGAAAGUGCUACACUCUCAAAUGACCUCCCAUCUUUACACCUUAAAAGACAGAGGGCAUUAGGCAUUGAGCCUGAGCCUGUCAAUGCUGUUGUCAAUUCAAUGGUUUCUCUGCUGAACCCUGAUUGUCCGUCCAUACAGUACUGACAUACUCACACAUUGGGGUAAUUCAUGCCCAUGGGCGAUCCAGAUCGUCAUAACGACAACCAAUCAGUUUCCUACCAUAUAACUGGCUUUCAUGGUAAAGUGCUGGGCUAGCUGUCCAUGCAAUAAAAAGUAAAGUGCACAGGAAAUUAACUUUACCUGCAGCUACCACAUACAUACCAGGUUCACCAGCUAUUUCAGCCUUCCAGGCUCAUUUUGACAUUUGAUGUCAGGAGGGAUGUUUGCAUAUCAUGAUUUGAUUGGCUGGUUGCCUGUGCUGCUGCUAGGAGAGUUGAGCUUCUCUAAACACCUACCACAAUGCUAUGCAAUCAAAGUCAAGCAACGGAACCAUAAUGACGUUCGACAACACAGGACAUCACCACCUUCAAAGUGAAGGAGCAGGGUCUCUUUGGAAUCCUCAGAUGUGGUCAUUCAGCUCCUCAAGGACUUAAUAUGUAAUCUGAUUAUUUUCUCCAUUGUUAGAGGAUAAUUCACAGUAUCUGCCUGUAGAACAAGUGAAAAAGAUGACCAUGGACAUGUUGAGUUAUGAUCGGCUGCAAAAGGAUAUGUGGACCAGCAUUCAGGAGAAAUGAAUGCAAAUCAGAAUUUUGAUUGAAAAUAUUGUCUUUGUGUGACCGUGAAGGCCUUCAUACAUUUUAUACAGUACUCCAUCUAAAGGAAAACAUGUCUCUGCUCUCAUAACCUUCUGCCCCCCUGUUCUCCUCCAACAUUCUAGUUUCUCUGUCGUAUCUUUUUAAUCUCUCUGAAGGCAUUUGUUACUGCAUUCUGUUGUUCACUCAUGACACAAUGAAUGAGAUUCAGACUCUGCCUCAUGUGGCCACUUGCUGUAUGAUGUGAUAGUGGUGUGUUUCACAAAGUUCCAAAACUAAUGGCGCAGAGUUCCUGCUGUUCCAAACUCUGACAAGCUCUUCUUUUGAAGCGUGCCGAUCCCUUGAUCUUCGUCCCUUCUUUCUUUUCAUUGGAGUCCGCACCCGCUUUAAGAUUAUUUACCUGACUAAGGUUGUAUCAUUAAUCUCUUAUGCAAUGCCUUGCAAUGAAUGUUGUAAUUUUCUUGUUUUGAAAUGAAUUCAAACAGCCCGAAGAUUUUGAUUUUGAAUCUCCUGUUAAAGUUUUUUUUGGUUCUUUUGGGGAAGAUGAGAUGGCGUGUGGUGGGGCCCUAGUAUAGGAAGGCUAACGGGACUCAAUGUGUGAAUGUAAUUUUAUAAAGGAAUAAAACAUUUUAAGCUAAAUCAAAGCUUUUGUUCCUGAUGUGUUGUCAAAUCAGCAGGUAUUGCCCAUUAAAAUGUGUUCCACAACA